AUGUCCGAACAUUAUUUGGGCCACUCGGGAUCAGUAUUCAAAGUUGCAUUCGAUCCUUUCAAAACUUUGUUACUAUCAUGCUCUGAAGAUUCCACAGUCCGCCUAUGGGUCCACCUGCAGUGUUGGUCGUGCCCUAGUGGCGUACCGUGGCCACGCGUGGUCGGUGUGGGACGUUCGUUGGUCGCCUCAUGGCCACUACUUCGCCACCGCCGGCCACGACCGCACCGCACGCCUCUGGGCCACAGACCACCAUCAACCGCUCAGGAUAUUCGCUGGACAUUUUUCUUUCUGACGUCGAUGUUCUUUGGAUUCCACUAUCAAACUUUGGAUUUCACAUUGAUUACGGAUGAAAAUAUAACUGACGACACAGGUGCAAAUACUGGCCCACAAAAAGAAGAGAAGGUUUCUCUUGCGUUCGUUUGCGACGAAAAUUCUCCAAUCAAGCUUUUGCAUUUCACACGUGGGGGAGAGAAUAAGAGUUAUUUCUGGAUUGUGAAGGGCAUACACUAUCAAUUUGAAAAAAGAGGAUAUGAAUUUCUGGGUGUAGCUUUCAGAGGUGGGAAUUUAGUGAGACAAAAAUCAGCAGUUAAGCAGAACAAUUUGCAUAGUAGUGGACAUAGAGCAGCUUGGUGUAUCACAGCUGCUAUGCGAUACCACGGCCCCAUCAAAGGGAUCAAGGAUAGCUGGACAUAG